AUGCGUUACUCUCUGUUGGCUAGCCUCGUCAUUGGCGCGACCUUGACGCUUGCCCACCCGCACGCUGCCGGUCACCACGAUGCUUACAAGUCCGGCUUGAACAAGCGAUCCCUGGACCUCAACAAGUACCGUACCAACGCCAACUCUGAUUACAAGGCCAGCAGUGUUGCCAAGACCGACGACUCACUCAAGGUCUUCAAACGUGCCGACUAUGUCGAAACUGCUACGGGGCUGGUCAAGAGCGUCCACCCUGAUGCUGAGUUCCGUGUGUCCAACAACUACGUCGGCACCAACGGCAUCAGCCAUGUCUACUUCAAGCAGACAAUUCACGGCCUAGAUGUAGAUAACUCUGACUUCAACGUUAACAUUGGUAAGGAUGGCCAGGUCUUCUCUUACGGAAACAACUUCUACACUGGAGAAAUCCCAGCCGAGAGCCCCGUGAGCAAGCGUGCUUUCGUCGACCCCACCAACGCUCUUACCGGUGCUACCAGCAUUCUGGAGCUGCCUGUCUCCGGUGAGGCUUCUGCUGAGGCCAUUGAGGGUACCGAGGCCUAUGUUCUUAAGGGUACCUCUGGCGCCCAGAAAGACCCCGAGGCCCGCCUUAUGUACUACGUCAACCAAGACGGUGUCUUGAAGCUUACUUGGAGAGUCGAGACUGAUAUCUUGGACAACUGGCUGCUGUCCUACGUUGACGCUGAGACCAACGACGAGAUUCACGGUGUCGUUGACUAUGUUGCCGAGGCCAGCUUCCUCGUCUUCCCCUGGGCCUGCAAUGACCCCAACGACUGCUCGCGCACCACCGUCACCAACCCAUGGAACACGACCGAGUCUCCCUACACCUGGCUCGGAGAUGGUACCAGCACCUAUCACACCACUCGCGGCAACAACGCCAUUGCCCAGGUCAACCCAACUGGCGGCAACACUUACUUGAACAACUACCGCCCUACUCAGGCUCAGGACAAGUUCGAGUACGAAUGGACUGCUGCGAUGACUCCUCCCACCACCUACCGUGACGCCUCGGUCGCCCAGUUAUUCUUCACUGGCAACGAGUACCACGACCUGCUCUACACCCUUGGUUUCAACGAGGCGGCUGGCAACUUCCAGAUCAACAACGGUGGCAAGGGUGGUACAGGUAGUGAUUUCACCAUUCUGAACGCCCAGGACGGCUCCGGCACCAACAAUGCCAACUUUGCCACACCCCCUGAUGGCCAGCCCGGUCGCAUGAGAAUGUACAUCUGGACUCAGUCCACCCCUUACCGUGACUGCGCCUUCGAGGCAGGUGUCAUCAUCCACGAGUACUCUCAUGGUUUGUCGACCCGUCUCACUGGUGGACCCGCCAACUCCAACUGCUUGAACGCUCUCGAGUCCGGUGGUAUGGGCGAGGGUUGGGGUGACUUCAUGGCCACCGCCAUCCGCCUCAAGCCCUCCGACACCCGCAACACCAACUACCCCAUGGGCGCCUGGGUCUACAACAACGUCAAGGGUAUCCGCUCUGUCUUGUUCUCGACCAGCUUGACCACCAACCCCAACACCUACACCACCCUCAACACCAAGAACGAGGUCCACGAUAUUGGUGAGACCUGGACUACCAUGUUGUACGAGGUCCUGUGGAACCUCAUCGACAAGCACGGCAAGAACGAUGGUGCCCGCCCUACCUUCGACGCCAACGGUGUCCCCACAGACGGCAAGUUCUUGACCAUGAAGCUCGUCAUUGACGGUAUGGCUCUGCAACCCUGCAACCCCAACUUCGUUGAUGCUCGUGAUGCUAUCCUCGACGCUGAUGAGGCUCUUACCGGAGGUGACAAUGCCUGCGAGAUCUGGACUGGCUUCGCCAAGCGUGGUCUUGGACAAGGUGCAGCUUACGGUACCAAGCGUGUUGCUAGCAACGUCAUCCCCUCCGGCGUUUGUUAA